AUGGAAUCUCGUCACAUGAAAACAUCUGAAACCUUACAAGAGUAUUUUUUAGCUAUGGGAGACCUCGCAUACAAAGGUUCUAUGGAUGAUUCUUCUUUGAUUGAGAAUAGACUUUUGCAACAAACUCAAUUUACAUUUGAUAAAGAUGGUGUUCAUUUAUGCAACAAUAAUAAUGAUCAAAUUUUUGCUAAUGUUGCUAAUGUCAGUGAUGAUCAGACAUUUCCACCUGAUUUUUCACACAUCUCAAAAUCUGAAAUUCGCGAGGAAGUUCAACAUAUCAUUACUCCUCACAACCCACACGAACUUAACACUGCUAUGGAAGAUUUUCAGAAAAUAACAGAAAAUGAUGAUGCUGCACAUGACGAUUUAGAAUUGGAUUUAGAUGAUGAUAAUUUGGAUUUGGAUCAUCACGAUGACAAAGAUGAUGCUGAUACCAAUCAUGGAGCUCAUGACGAUGAUGAUGACGAUCAUGUUGAUGAAGAUGGUGAUGACGCAGACGACGACAUAGAUCAAGAUCAUGAUAUUGAUGAUGACGACAAUCAUAACGCUAAUGGUGCUGAUGAUGAUGAUGGCACUCAUGAAGCUAAUGAAGAUAGUGAUAAUGAUGUUGAUCAAGAUGACGUUGCUGUUGUUGAUGAAAAUCAUGCCAAUGAAGAUGAUGUUGAUGACAAAGAAGAUGAUGAUAAUGACAGUCAUAAAGCUAAUGAUGAUGCUGAUGUCGAUAAUGAUCCAAACGUGCAGAAUAAUCAAGAAACUGAAAAAUCUACUGAAUCAGUUUGA